CGUCAUUGAACAGGACAAGAGAUUUCCUACAAAUAUCAAAAACUUGGUAUUUCGUUGAUUCCAAAGAGUUUGAUAGAAUGCAACCACAUCUCAUUGAUCGCUAGCAGAUUCUUGGCAAAUCGUUUGGCGACUUACGACAUCCAGCAUUCAUACUUCAUCAGUCCAACAUCCAUAUUCCAUCUAAACGCAACGUCACGUCGCUGAGAACCAAGAAGCUGGUACGCCUCUUCAUCAUGGAAUAUCUGCAGUACAUCAUCUUAGCAGUAGUCUUGGUAGUUUUGGUUAGGCCUGCCAUUUUCGCCGACCGCUCGCCCAUACCAGAAACCUCUGGGAAUGUACAAAAGGUCACCCAAUCGUCUGAGCUCGACUCCAUACUGUCGUCUUCCACAUCCGUCGUCGUCGACUUCUACGCCGACUGGUGUCCUCCCUGCCGGGCCAUUGCACCUAUCUUUUCGAAGCUAGCUGAUGAGCACGCCACCAAGGGAAAACUCGCUUUUGCUAAAGUCAAUGUCGACCACGUCAAGGACGUUGCCAAGCGCUAUGAUGUUUCGGCCAUGCCCUCUUUUCUGUUCUUCAAGAAUGGAAAGCCAAGUCCUGUAAAUGUACCCAGUAUUAAGGCCAGCAGAUCUGUGAGGACGACUGAGGACGGGUUGGUUGAGAGGGUUUUGGGCGCUGAUGUGGCGGCUUUGCGAAGUGUUGUGCGGUCGUUGGCGGAGGGUGCGUAG